AUGGCUUCAUCGGGGAAACAGUUUGAAGGUGUCUCGUUGGAUGAGCUGCCAAAGUCAUGGAAUUUCACAGCUUCACUACCUCCGGACGCAACCUUCCCAACUCCGGCAGACUCACACAAGACCCCUCGAGAUCAAAUCACGCCUCGCCAGGUCCGCGAUGCUCUUUUUACAUGGGUGCGGCCAAGUGAACAGAAAGAUCCCGAGCUGCUGGCUGUGAGCCCUGCGGCAUUGAAAGAUCUUGGCAUCAAAGCAGGCGAAGAGAAAACCGAAGCCUUCCGCCAGUUUGUAGCUGGCAACAAGCUCUAUGGCUGGGAUGAGACGAAGCUGGAGGGCGGAUACCCUUGGGCGCAGUGCUACGGAGGCUUUCAGUUUGGGCAGUGGGCAGGCCAGCUUGGAGAUGGAAGGGCCAUUUCUCUUUUUGAGACAACCAAUCCAGAGUCCAACGUACGAUAUGAGCUACAGCUUAAAGGUGCUGGCUUAACGCCGUACUCUCGAUUCGCAGAUGGAAAGGCAGUACUUAGGUCUAGCCUGCGAGAGUUUGUCGUUUCCGAAGCACUCAACGCACUCAAGAUACCGACCACUAGGGCUCUAUCUCUUACUCUACUUCCUCACUCUAAAGUUUUGAGAGAGGCCACGGAGCCGGGCGCAAUUGUACUCCGGUUGGCUCAGUCGUGGUUGCGACUGGGAACUUUUGACCUUCUAAGGGCAAGGGGAGAUCGCGAUCUCAUCAGGAAGCUCGCAACAUAUAUUGCGGAGGACGUUUUUGGCGGAUGGGAAAAGCUUCCAGGACGACUAGAGUCUCCUGAUGAACCAACCAAAUCACCAUCCCCUAAGCGUGGAGUACCAGCUUCCGAAGUUGAGGGACCAAGCGACGCAGCAGAGAACAGAUUUCAGCGGCUAUACCGGGAGAUUAUUAGGCGUAACGCUGUGACUGUGGCUCAUUGGCAAGCAUAUGGAUUCAUGAAUGGCGUGUUGAACACGGAUAAUACAUCAGUUUACGGCCUAUCGAUGGACUAUGGGCCUUUUGCAUUUAUGGAUACCUUUGACCCAGCAUAUACACCAAACCACGAUGACUACACGCUGCGGUAUAAUUAUAAAAACCAGCCGACCAUCAUCUGGUGGAACCUAGUGAGGCUUGGCGAGACUCUUGGAGAACUUCUCGGCAUUGGUCCUCAAGUUGACGAUGAGACUUUUAUCGCCAAAGGCAUCAGGCAAGAGCAAGAGAAAGAACUGGUUGAGAGGGCAGAAAACCUAAUCACACAAGCUGGAGAAGAGUACAAAGCUGUGUUCUUGAAUGAAUACAAACGAUUAAUGACAGCGAGACUCGGUCUGCGUCACUUCAAAGAGACGGAUUUUGAUGAGCUCUUUAGCGAAGGGCUUGAUACUAUGGAAGCUUUAGAGUUGGAUUUCAAUCACUUUUUCCGCCGCUUGAGUACCAUUAUAUUGGCGGACAUCAAGACUCAAGAGGGACGAAAAGAAAAGGCUGCAAUCUUCUUCCACAAAGAAGGGCCAUCUGAAGUUGUUGGAGAAGAGACUGCGAAGGAGAAGAUUGCCCAAUGGCUGGAAAAGUGGCGCGUGCGCGUCUUGGAAGACUGGAAAGAAGAGUCUUCUCACGACUUAUCUGAAGAGAAGGAUGCUGAAAGAAGACAAGCUAUGAAGCAAGUCAACCCCAAUUUCGUCCCUCGAGGCUGGAUUUUGGAUGAAGUUAUACGGCGGGUCGAGAAAGAAGGCGAUCGGCAGGUCUUGGAUCGCAUCACGCACAUGGCACUGCAUCCAUUUGAAGAUUCUUGGGAUGGAGCCGUAAUCGACGGCGUUGAAUAUAAAGGCAACCCAGAGGAAGAGCAGAGGUGGGUUGGCGAUGUUCCCAGGUUGGGGCGAUCACUGCAAUGCAGCUGUAGUUCAUAGAUAGCAAGCCAAUUAUAACUUGACUGCG